AAUACCUACACACACAUCGUACUACUACACACCCAUACCCACACACUUAUAUAUAUACAGCUGCAUCAUGCAAUUCCCACAAAAGUUGUUACUCCCAAUGACAGGCGCUUUUAUUGCAUUGAGUUGCAUGCAAAUAAGUUGCGGCAGAGCGUUGCCAGAUCCCAAGCAGUCCCUUCAAAUCAGAGAAUCAUCCUUGCCAGAAAUCAAAACCAAUUCAAAAGAAACACUUGCAAUUAAUAGCAAUAAAAAUCGAAGGCACAUUGUGAGGACGGCAGUGAAAAUGCCAUUUGAAUUUGAGACAAUUCAUGUACCAUGUGAUUUGGAUGCACUAAAAUUAGAGCUGAUUUUACCCAAUUUGCCCAAUCAUUGCAUCUGGUUGUACAAUAAUCGCUAUGUGGAUGAGUUUUUCUAUAGGGGCUUUAAGCUCAUUCAACUGGAGUCAUUCUUUUUUGGACAAUAUUACGAGCGUUUAAAGCGCUACGAAAUGGAUCCGCAUAACUUCUAAGGAUGUUAAGUAGUUGAAUUGAUAAAUAAUUGAUUGUUUGACUGACAGAUACCCUGUACAGAAACAAGUCAAUUAUUUAUUGUAUUCAGCUGUUUAUUGCAUCUGAGAGAGUAUCGCAAAUAUAAAUAUAA